GGUCUAUCUUGGAAGAAACAAAAGAAGCUCAGAAGUUCAGAGAGAGACCCCAUGGUGUUAGUGCAACAGCCCUUCUCACAGGCAAGAAAAUGACAAAAGUCGAAGAAAUGAAUGAUGAUGACCCGUUCAAUCUGAAGGCAGGUGGGAUGUUGAACAUGAAGGAUAUCAAGGACAGAAACAGAGACAGGUCUGAUGAAGCUUAUGAUCGUGAUGUUGCUAACAUGGGAAGCACUUUUGCUGUUGAGACAAACCAGAGAGAUGAAGACGCUGAAAUGAUGAAAUAUAUUGAGAUAGAAAUGAACAAGAAGAAAGGGUUAGACCUUGAUAAAGAAUCAGAUCCGACAACAGAAGGACCUAAACAUAAAACACCCGAGGACAAGCUCUAUGAAUUACCUGAUCACCUCAAGGUUGAAGCACAGAAGAGCUCAGAAGAAAUGCUUUCUAAUCAGAUGCUUUCUGGAAUACCAGAAGUAGAUCUUGGAAUAGAUGCUAAGAUCAAGAACAUUGAAGCUACUGAAGAAGCCAAGCAGAGACAUUUAGAGGAGAGAAGAAAUAAGAAGAAGAACACUACUUCCUUUGUACCAGCGAAUAUGGCUGUGAAUUACGUCCAACAUUCAAGAUAUAUGCAUGAGGAUUAUUACGCAUCCAAACAUCAACGCAAUCAACAGCGUCAGAAGAAGGAAGAGGAGACGAAACCUAAACCUGUGGUGGUAGGAGACGCUGACAAACCAAGAAAACCAGAACCGCCUGCUCCGACAGUCAAGAGGAAAGUUCCAAAUGCUGAGAAAGCUACUGAUGAUUAUCAUUAUGAACGGUUCAAGAAACAGUUGAGAAGAUACUGAUGAUUAUCAUUAUGAACAGUUCCAGAAACGGCUGAGAAGAUACUGAAGAGCUCUCCACUCGAUCAACCUCUGUGCAGUGUGAAGGAGAGGUCAAAGAAUUUUUAAAAUUCUCUUCGACAUUUUUUAUUGUCACUCAUGUGCUCGCAAAAGAAGCAUAAGAGGUACUGAAGAUAUUUUAGUAUGCUUCUGCUAUUCUUCCUAAGGAAACGCUGUGAGAUCCAGUUGCCUAGGAUUGUGUCUCUAAAUACUCCUUGAAGCAUUACAUGAGGUACUGAGGAUAUACAAGUUAUUGAACAUCAGAAUCUCCGAUGUUUCCAAAGGAAAUGCUUAUAGAUCCAACUGCUUCGGAAGUUUUAGAUGAUGAUCUGUAGCAUGAAUUCCAAGUUAUAGCUUCCUAGAUUAUGGCUGUUCCAAUUCUGGGCUGUGCUUCCCAAAGAACAGGACAACUUUCACAAGAGAGUAGCAGGUACCCACUAAAGCGUAAAACUAAAAGUGACUCUUUGAAUUCCAUUAAAUCCACUACUCAAAUAGUCCCUGGUUCCUUAAGUAUCUACUAUUCAAUAAAGUUGAUUAUGUAGUAUUUUACUGAAUUCUCAUUAGUACUCUCCUGCAUGUAUUUUAGAAUUAAUAACCAAUUGUAAAGGCCUCAUUCACUAUCAUUGUACAUUAUUGAAAUGAUGUAAAGUUCAUCUGUUGCUGUGCAGGGAAAACAUAUUUCUUUUCCCGCUACCUUUCAUUUUGACUUACGUUUUUUUUAUCAAACUAAGAUGUAACUUACAGGGGCUUUGUAGGACAUUACAAUUAGGUCUGGUCUGAGACUGGCCUCGCAGUGUCACUAGAGUCUAAGACUCUUUGACAUGUGCCUCAAAAGGAUUUCAAGUUAAAACUGGCCUGCCAAAAUGUUAUGAAAGUGAAAAUGAGCCUGAAAUGACUAAAAAGCACCGAUACAGGAUAUAGAUUGCUCAGGCUGAAAAGAACAUUUGUAGUAUUUGGCAAGUAGUAGCUAGUUUUGAGUAUCAGCCCUUAUACAUUAGUUGAAGCUGGAGGUUCCUUCAUCAUUUGCUUCAGCUAGAUGUAUAUUAGCCUAAUUAAAGGACAAGUCCACCCCAAAACAAAACUAAAGUUGAUGUGAAUAAAAAGAGAAAAAUCCAACAAGCAUGACUCUGAAAAUUUCAUCAAAAUCUGAUGUAAAAUAAGAAAGUUAUGACAUUCUUAAAUAUCGGUUAAUUUCAAAAUAGUUAUAUGCACAUCCUGGUCGGUAUGCAAAUGAGGGGACUGAUGAUGUCAUCCACUCACCAUUUCUUUUGUAUUUGAUAAUAGGAUGUAUGAAAUAUUCUCAUUUUCCCCUCACUCUCUGUGAAAUAAAGUUUUCUUCCUCCCUGAACAUGAGGAAAUGCCAUUGUCAUAGCAUGUUAUGUUUCAGUCAAGUUGGUCCUUGUUGUCAAAUCUGUAAAAAUUGAAAUAUUGUAUAUAAAUUCAAACAAUAAAAAAAACAAAAGAAAUAGUGAGUAAUGGACACCAUCACUUCAAUCACUUGCAUGUCAGUUUGUCACUGAGUUGUGCAUAUCACUGUUUUGUGAAUAAUAAGCGAAACUUUAAAAUGUAAAAACUUUCUUAUUUUACAUCCAAUUCUGAUAAAUUUUUAUUUUUAUUCUUGUUUGAUUUUUCUUUAUUAAGUCAAAUCAACAUUUUUCUGGGAUGGACGUGGCCUUUAAGAAACUCUACAGUGCGAAGAGGGUGAGGUUCCCAUUGUUUAUAGUCCGUGUGACUGCAUGUGGUCUUUCGUAGACUGUGGAAUAUGUCCCAGAAUGCAGUGGGGCAAUGUGUACUUUGGUUCUUGGUCUCAGUGCUGGAAGAGAUGCAACUCAAAAACAACUUGAUAUUCAACAAUUCAAGAGCAUAUUUUGGACGUGUGCUUGAUUUGGGGAUUGCGUUUGAACAAAGCUCUUUCUACAACCGGUCCAUGUCAUGGAGGAUGUGAUUAGCCUCAAUCUAGAACUGGAAUAAGAAAUUAAUCCACAAUGUGCUACACUCAACCCAGGUGAGGUAAAUUGGUACUGGCAGGAAGUAAUUCCUCAAACAGCUGUGAUCAAGAGAAUCAGUAGACUAGCUUAGCCAAGGUAAUAGAGCACCUUGGUCACCUGUAAAGGUGGAUAGGUCUACAUUACAAAUAACCUAUAUUAUUAUUAUGGUAACCUCUUUUGAUAUUGGAACUAAAGUGUUUUCCCUCAUUCAUUCUCUCUCAAUUUCACUACCUACUUUCAUUUUCCUCCACAUACAUCACUCUUUUAUUAUUCUUUUGAUAUCCUGAUACAUUCUUUAUUUCACUACCAAGCACUCUAUCACUCUCAUCCACAUGUUAGUUUCCAUCUAUUCUUUUGAUGUUCCUAUACAUUCUCACCCUUACAAUAUUAUAAACUUUGUCCAUUGACAUUGUAUUCUAAUUUGGUCCAUAAUAAAAACGCAAAGGCCAACGGGUAUUCAUAGACUAUUCAUAGCAUAUAACGGAGGGUGAUAACUGGUCCUGUAAUAAUCUAAUCUUUCUAAUAAAAUACAAUUUGUCAUUA